GCGACAAAUGCCCUAGAAUUGUUCUAACAGUCAUUGCGGAAGGAGACCCAUAAUUCCUUCCCUUCUCUCUCUCUCCCUCUGUUCUCUCGCUGGACAAAGGGCACAAAGGGAAGUAGAGAACAACGAAGACUGUUUUGGGAGCGCAUGGAUGGAAAAGGUGUUUCUACAUCUGUACCUUUGAGGUCAGCAAGAAUGGAAUUAAACUGGGGAAGGAUUUCGUAUUACUAAUUAGGUUAAUGUGAUAUGGUUUCUUAGAGAUUCUCUAAAAUUUCUAUAGCAGAUGAAUGAAGAACAACCUGGAAAGCUGAUUUAGCUUUUUCAGUCUAAGGUUAGAUUUUUAAGGUUCUGCCUUUUUCUGGAGGAUUUUGUGAUUUUUCUCGCCUUUGAUUUCUAGUCUGUUGAUGCCUUUUGCUUUAUGAACCGUGACGCAUUUCUUGAAUUUGGAUUGUUUUGGUCGAUAUCGACAGCAAUUACAGCGAUUAUCAGCGUCUUUUUUGAGUGAUUACUUUACGGCUAGAUCUAUUAUCUCUAUCUCGACAAAGAUGAUGAACGAUUGAAUGCUUUCUCUGCCGGUAGAGACAAAGAAGGGGAGAGUAUCUGUUUGUGUUUCUUCACACCGGAUAACACCUGGUUUUUGCAGUUUGAUGUUUGAUUUAUUAAUCGGCAUAACUUCAGAUCUGAUUGAUUUGUAGAUUGAUAUCAAAUCUUUAGGUAUUUUGAAUCAGUUUUGUGUACGAAAUCCAAAUAUCGAAAAGAAUCAGGUGAAAUUUGAAGAGGCUGUCUUGAGAUUCGGUGAGGUUCUGUUGUUCCAUAUAAUGGAUGAUGAUGAUUUUAGAUCUAUUUUGAGGAGUUCAGGUGUGGAUGUCUGGACUUUCAUAGACACGGCAAUCUCUGUUGCCUCCUCGGACUACAGAAACGAAUUGAAAGAUCGAAGAGAUGGAAUCAUUGAGCGGCUUUAUACACCUACGAUCCCCCGUUGUAAGAACUGUGAUCUUGAUUCAAUGAAGUCAAAUAACAAAGAGAUCAAGAAAGUGCAGCAACAAUCUUCUUCCAUUGAAAAAGAAACCAGCAGCCAUGAGGGAAAAGGAGGUUCUCCAAAGGGAGCUUCUCCUUCGACUCCUCAGUCACUUGAUGAUGGCGAUGAUGGCGAUGAUGGCGACGAUGACAGAGAUCGGAGCUAUGGAAUUGACGAAGAACAGACUAAGAUUCUCAAUAUUAAGGAACGCCUCGAAGAUCCUGAUGAGUCCGAAGAUUCUCUGAUAAAUCUACUACAAAGCCUUGCAGACAUGGAUAUAACAUUCAAAGCUCUCAAGGAGACGGAUAUCGGGAGGCAUGUAAAUCACUUGAGAAAGUUUCCGUCAAACGAAGUCCGAAGAUUGGUUAAACUGCUCGUCAGGAGAUGGAAGGAUCUUGUGGACAAAUGGGUAACGUCUAAUAAACCACCUUGGGAGACAGGAAACUCUGCACUCAUCGGUGAUGAAGACUCCCCUCUACAGAACCCCCAAAGAAGCACCCCAAACGGUUAUCACCAGGUGCCUGAUUUCGCUUACUCUCCAAAUCCACACAAUGGAAGCUCUGGGUCAGAUAAGAAUCACUCAGAGUCAGAGCCAAAAGGGAAAGUCAUUCCUCGAAGGGAAACUCAAACCAAGACACCCCAAUCAGCUCCUGCAACUGCUUCUGCUCUUCUAAAUAAACAGAGAGAACAGAAGGACAGCUCCAUUGAUCCUGAAAGGUUCGCUUCAGCCAGGAGAAGACUUCAAGAAAACUACCAAGAAGCCCAAAAUGCCAAAAAGCAAAGAACGAUUCAAGUCAUGGAUCUUCACGACAUACCAAAACCCAAAAAUACAUUUUUUGGGAAGAACAAGGGCGGUUUUCAGGCGAGGAAUUGGUGAUGAAGGAAAAGAAAAAAACGAUUUCUUAUCAAUUAUAGAAUCUAUUGUUCCACUGGGCAAACCGGGAAAGUAAGAACCGGUUAUUCCCUGUAACUCUUCGUUUUUUAACUGAUCCUCUUUCUCCUCCUCCUCUUCUUCCUUACUCCAAUCUCUUCCUAUGGAUUUUCCGUAUUGAAUUGGAAAAUAUAAGAGCUAAAGAUUCCAUUGGCGGGUUA